GGGCCCGGGGUAUUGUCCGACUCCCGCGGCGGCUGUCUGUGCUGCGAGAGCGGCUGCAGCAGUGCGGGGUGGCAGCGGGCGGUGAGGCGGCCGAGCGGAGGCAGAGUCGGCCGAGACUAUGGCUGGAGGCAAAGCUGGGAAGGACAGUGGCAAGGCCAAGGCCAAGGCCGUGUCGCGCUCACAGAGAGCUGGGCUGCAGUUUCCUGUGGGCCGCAUCCACAGACAUCUGAAGACGCGCACUACCAGCCACGGACGAGUGGGUGCCACUGCCGCCGUCUACAGUGCUGCAAUCCUGGAGUACCUCACUGCCGAGGUGCUGGAGCUGGCAGGGAACGCAUCGAAGGAUCUCAAAGUCAAGCGUAUCACUCCACGUCACUUGCAGCUCGCCAUCCGCGGAGAUGAAGAGUUGGAUUCUCUCAUCAAGGCGACUAUAGCUGGCGGUGGUGUGAUUCCUCACAUCCACAAAUCUCUGAUUGGAAAGAAGGGACAGCAGAAAACCGCUUAGGGUUGUCACCCGCCCUCCACUGCCCUGUCCUUGUACUGUCACCUGGACGGAAGACAUCAGUGGGGACACAUGACAUUUUUAAAAGCAGUUAAAGGAAAUGCAUAGACAAUGCUGUAGACAUAAACAAACAUUGGUCUGUUCUUAGACACCAAGUUUGAUAAAGUACUUUUCAUGUGGUUACAGUUGUGUGGUGAUUGGCUAGGUUUCUCCCAUGUGUUUUAUACAAAAAUGGAGUUGAUAAACCAUUUUUUACAAAAU